ACUGCGCAUGCGCAAGAGUUUGCUGAACCUCACACACAGCAAGGGAAUAGGAAACGUGUGUUGCUGUCUCCGUCCAAGUCCUUCGCUUAACUGUCUCUCGCACUCACUUUCUCCUCCUCUCCUCUCUACGUGUGUCUAAAGGAUUAGCGACUGAUCAGUUCUGUGGAAGAAGGGAUGACGGAAGUUCACACGAAUGGCGAGACGAACGGUGAAACCUCGGUAGUUGAAGAGAGUGAGGAAAUGGAGGAGAUAAUGGACACACAGUCAAUCCCUGUUAAAGCAGAGAUGACAAGUGAUGGAGUAGAACCAAUGAACAUUAAUAAUGAUGUGCCUUAUGAUGAUCACAAGCUAUUUGUUGGAGGGCUAACUUCAGACACCACAGAACAAACUCUACAAGAAUACUUUGAAGAAUAUGGCACGAUUAGUGAGAUUAUUUUAAAAGUCGAUCCAAUUACGGGACGUUCACGCGGUUUUGCUUUUCUAUUGUUUAAAGAAAACGAUGCAGUAGACAAAAUACUAGAAGCAUCUCCCCACACAAUAGGAGAUAAGGUUGUUGAUACCAAGAAGGCCAUACCUCACGCUGUCCAUCAGCAAAUGAAGCAAAGGACUAAAAAGGUAUUUGUCGGUGGCGUACCGACUGAUAUGCCUGAGCAUACGAUCAAGGAACACUUUGAAAAGUUUGGACCAAUAGAGGAGGUUGCCUUGGUAACGGAGAAAGGAGCAGGCUCGAACAAAAAGAGACGUGGGUUUUGCUUUGUCACGUUCCUCAGUGAAGACACGGCAGAGAAAGCUUGCUGCAAUUCGUUUCACAAAAUCAACGAAUCCGAUGUUGAAGUGAAGAGAGCCACGCCCAGAGAACAAGACAAACGGAUGUCACACGGCAAUGCUGCACCUCCUUUUAUGGGAAGAGGUGGGCGUGGUCACAUCAUGCACGCCCAAAGCGGACGAGGUGGACACUGGGCACCUUACGGCGGUCAUGCCGGCUACUUCAACUAUUUCCCACCUCCUCACUAUGGUGGGUCGUACAUGGGUGGAGCCUAUGGGGCCUAUGGUGGAUAUGGAGGGUACGGCGGUGGGUAUGACCCAUACACUGGGGGGAGGAGAGAGGAAGUAGCUUAUAAUUCUCGUUAUGGUCCUAUGAGAUCCAAUUACGCUCACAACAAUCACUCACAUCAUGUUCAUGGUCACCAUCAUCCCUAUAGUCGCUGAGAGAGAAGAGAAGAGAGAGACUCAAUUAUACCAUCAAGUCGCUAAAUUGCAACUGGUAUUACUCCAUCUCUUUCUCUCUUUCUUACUUAUAAUCAAUCAUAUGGAGUGUAGUUGCAACUCUUUUAAUGAUAUUAUUAUUAUUAUUAAUUAUUAUUACGGUAUUAUUAUUAUAUUGAUGCAUUGAGAUGAAAAUUGAGAACAA